AAGAUGGCUGCUUUUAUCCUUGUUUGUAGGAAAAGAACGGAUAAAUAAGUCCUGAAGAGGAGGCAUCAGGGCCAUGGGGGACCCCCUGUCAGACUGCAGCCCCCUCAUCAGUGCAGCAUCCUCGUGUAAGCUUCGUCUGGUCCGCCUGCUGGUGGAAGGUGGGGCUCAGGUCAACGGACGCAACCCGAGAGGAGAGACUGCUCUGCUGGCUGCCUGUAAGGCCCUGAGAGGCGAGCCUGCUUCGCCUGACACUGUGAAACUCCUCACAUACCUGCUCGACAACAAGGCAGAUCCAAACGUGCAGGACCAGGCUGGACGCACUGCUCUGAUGUACGCCUGCAUGGAGCGAGCAGGUGCUCAGGUGGCAUCCACCCUGUUGGCUGCAGGAGCCGACCCCAGCAUGGAGGACUACUCCGGGGCCUCAGCACUCGUGUACGCCAUCAACGCACAGCACCAGCCGACACUGAAGGUGCUGAUGGAUGCCUGCCAGGCCAGGGGUCAUGAGAUCAUCAUCAUUGCUACAGAGAUGGACGUGAAUGGGGGCCCGGUGACUAGGCGUUACCUGAAUGUUCCUCCAUCCCCUGACACCUCACCUGUGUCCUGCAUGUCUCCGUCUGACAUUGUCCUCAAAACGGGCUCACCCAACUCACCCGAGGGAGAAAACAUCUUCAACUUCAAAGGAACUAGCAAAAGAGGAAGUAGCAGCAGCAGCAGCACCAGCAGCAGUAGACUCCCCUCCUUUGAGCUGAGUCCACCGCCCAGACAGAGAAUGUUAUCUGAACCAUGGCUGGCCAUUCACAACCUGGCCUGUCUCAAUCGGGCUUACGAGGAGGGCAUGAGGAAGGGGAGCCCGCAGGAGGAGGAAGAUAAGGAGGAUUCAAAGAGAGGAGGGAGGGAUGAUGAGGAAGGAGAGAAAGAGGAGCCACAUCUGUCCAAGAUGGAGAAGAGGAUGGAGGGCGAGGUUCAAAGGAGGGAUAAUAGGUAUGGAGCAGAAAAUUACAACAGCUCCCAUGGGGAUUUCCUUCCCAGGAUUUCUCAGUCAGUCCUCUCCCUCACAGAGAUGAGUUCGUCUCCGACAACCCCAAGAAGACUGGUCCCCAGGAGGUGUUUGGCAUCUGGAGGGCCAACAUCAGACAAAACAACCCCAAGAGGUGAUAAGCUUUCUACUUGUCACUCCCACCUCCGCAGGAACACCCUCCCCUCUGUCACGGUGGUUCCUCCUCAGCUUCACCUCCCUCCUUUAGUCAACCGGUCAGAGUCCCACCUCCAGGUACCAGUGCCGGUUUCUCCCUCCAAAAGCAGGAGCAUUGUGUUUCUGCCUCACCCGCCCAGGUCCUCCCCACCCUCAUCUUCAUCCAGAACAUCUAUGAGACCAUCAAUGCUCCCUCAACUGCCGCUCGCCUCUUCUUUGAGUUCCCUGACUUCUCCUCCUGCCUCCUGCUGCAGCGAGAGGAGCAGGAGGUCACUGCGUCGCCACUCGGCGCAGCUUGAACGGAUCAGAGGAGGAGAAACCAUUUAGGCCUGUGAGACUGAGCACCUUCAGCUUUCCAUAUUGUGGUUCUCUGACAUGAGGAAGCAUGAAGUUCAAGCUGCAGCCUGAAUGCGGGGCUGGAAGUGACAUCUGAUACCUAAUUUGGGAUAAAAUUCGAUUGAAUUAUGUAAAUAGUUUUAUGAUACCCAUAUCACUGCAGUAACAAACAAAACAGUAAAAUAUAAAACAAUGAGAUGAGAAAACUUCUCGCCAUAUUUGUGUCUUUCGCUGGUUUUCAAUGUCAUCUUGAUUGUAAAUUGAAUAUCUUUUAAACAUGAUCUCUGAACUUGCUAUGGACAUUAUAUUUUGCAGUUAUUCUGACAUUUACCAAAUGAUUAUUCAGUUUGUCAGGGAAAUGUUGGGUAAAUUAAUUUUGGUACUGAAAAUAACAAUUAGUUGCCUCCCUAAUCAGGAUGGUGAUCAAAAGAACUCAACGACACAUUAAUUUUAGUCAUGUCCAUUUUGUGGAGUUGUGUUUGGCGAGUUUGACCUGCUUUAAAAUAUUUCAUAUAUGUCAUGACAUUGCUUGCAUACAACUGAUACAUUUUUCAACGAUCCCUUUAGAUAUGGCAAAAUUACUCCAGGAAAACAAGACAAAAACAGAGCAAUCAAUCUUUUUAAUGAAUGAGAGUUUUAACCAAAUCCAUCUAAUAAUACAGUUUAAUCUUAAUACAGCUGGCAGAGGGCUCUUUGUUUCUAGAGGUCUGAAAUAAUAAAACUCUUAUUAUAUUUUACAAACUACCCUUGCUAAUCAUUUGCCUCUGUACCUCACGUGGGUAUCAUGACCUCCAAACUGGAAAACACUGAUGUUUGUGAAAUGUA